AUGUUCCACACCUUUGAAGGGUUUGAAAACCCAACGGCAGCGACGCCUGCCCGCGCAGCGCGUCCUCCUAACCCAGAACGCCGGGACUCCGUCACCCGACGGGUCACCACACUACGCGCCUGUACUUCCUGUCGUCAUCGCAAGAUCAAGUGUGAUGGCGAGAAACCAUGUGAAGCAUGCAGGUGGUAUAAGAAAGCCGAUCAAUGCCAUUAUUCAGAUCCCCGGCCAUCCCGCAGGCAUGUUGAGAAGCUGUCCACAACCCUUGAUGAAUACCGGAGUAUUCUGUCCAAACUGUUCCCCAAUAUUGCCCCAGAGUCUCUCGUGAACUUGUCACGGGAGAAGCUGCUGGAGUUGGCGACGGGGACCUCUUCGGCAGCGUCGCUGGCCCAGGCACCGCAUUCGUCGGCAGCGACGCAUCAGGCCCCCCAUCCGGCCUCACCGGCCACAUCGGGCUCGGUCGAAGCCCAUGUGUCGCCUCUGUCAAAUGAGGAUGACAACCUCGAGUCUCUUCAGAGUAUGCCAGAAGAGCUGGACGAAAGCCGUCCCAAUUCCACUGAUCUGGUGGAGGUGGUCUCUGAUGAUGUGAAUGCUCUCUCACUUUCCGCGAAGCGGCCCUCCUCCUAUCUUGGCGUCUCUUCAAUUCAAGCGGUGCUGAAAGUCAUCGUGUGGCUGGAUCCGGGCAGCGCAGCCCACUUCUCGAGAACUCCACCUACCCAUCCGCGGGACCGCGGCAGUAUUGACUAUGAUAUCCCCUCAGAGUGGAAUCAUGGCGAAGGGUCGCUGCAAGGGAAUCACUUCAUCCCUCCGACCGAAAUGCAAAUGCUCGAUGCCUAUUUCUUGCAUUUCCAGGCCUUUGCGCCCCUGAUCGAUGAGCAGUCGUUUCGUGAGACCUACAUGACCGGCCAUCGGAAGGAUGACCACUGGCUGGCAUUGCUGAAUAUCGUCCUUGCACUCGGCAGCGUGGCUGCCUCCACGCCCGAUGAUCACACGCAUCAAACAUAUUUCCUACGAUGCAAAAGUCAUUUGAGCCUCAGCUCAUUAGGGAGCUCUCAUCUGGAGACGAUCCAGGCCUUGGGUCUUAUUGGAGGCUGGUACUGCCACUACAUCAUGCAGCCCAACCUCGCCUACUCGCUCAUGGGCGCAGCGUUGCGGAUGGCUGUUGGACUGGGUCUGCAUAAAGAGUUUGCCGAGAGUCGGCAGAUUCCAAGUCCCAGCAAACUGGCCUCGAUGGACCUGAAACGUCGCGUGUGGUGGUCCCUGUUCUGCAUGGAUACCUGGGGAGGUAUGACACUGGGUCGACCCAGCAUGGGCCGCUUCGGGCCCAACAUCACAGUGCGGCCUCCGAACUGUCGGGAUAAGGACACUGUGCUGGAGAUCCUCCCAUUGGUGGAAAAUAUUCGAUUUGCGAAAAUUGCAACUCAAGUGCAAGAAUCUCUCGCAGCGGCUCCACUGGUCAAACAUCAGGAGAUGGCCCACGCGGACGCACAGCUACUCGACUGGUGGGAAAACCUCCCGCCCGUACUUCGGGAUCACGACGCAUGUUCCGAGUCCAUCAGAACGGUCCGGACUGUCAUGCGAUGGCGAUACUACAAUCAGCGCAUGCUGCUUUACCGGCCUACACUCUUAAGCUAUGCGAUGCGCCGUGUACCCUACAUUGCGCUCCGAGCUGAGGAGCGAACGGCUAUCGAGAAAUGCCGCGAGGUGGCCGAACAGUCCAUUGCGGAUAUCGCUGCUACCGCACAGCUCAAUCAACUUUGCGGAUGGAAUGCAGUCUGGUGGACCUUCCAGGCGUCUCUCGUUCCCCUCGUGGGUCUUUUCCUCAACGAUCCGACCGCCGAUGACCCCCGAGCAUCCAUCGAAUCUUGCCAAGCACAAGUCGAGAUGGGAUUGGCCACCCUGGCACGUAUGCAGACGUUUGGUCACACGGCGAAGCGGUCACUUGACUCCCUUGCCCGCAUUUACGAAGCCAGCAAGCGCGGGCAGGAUUUGUCGGGCUCGAGCAGUUCUGGCUCACUCCCCAGCAAUCUCUACCCUGCUGGCCGCGAGCCCAACAUGAUGUUUUCGCCACCUGAACCGGCCCGCUUGAAUAUGGCCAUGGGCGAAAAUGGACCCCAAGACCCGCUGGCCCCGAACUUUGUCGACGAUUCGGGACAGUACUUAUGGGAGUACCUCAGCUGGAGUGACCAAAAUAUGUGGCCAGGGAUCUCAGACGUCGAUGCUCGCAGCGAGGCCAUGGCCCUGCUCACACCUGAUCACGAAAAGGGCCCAAAGUUUGGAGCCCAUCCGUACUUUGAACCCAUUCCUGAUUCUUACUUUGCGAACCCCCCUGCAUUUUACCAGUAG